AUGACAGGCUGCAAGGUUCCCUCCAUCAAGUUGCCUGGCAAGUCCAAUUCGACCUCGGUUGUUCGUCCAAAGUUCACGACCCGAUCCACCUCCACAUCGUCGAUACCCCGGAUGACCACAAGCAUGCAAAUCCAAAUCCCAAAGAGUCUCAAGGAGCCCUCAUCGGCUGCCAUCAACAUCCCCUCGCCACCAUUGACCCCUCAUAUGGGUCGUCAUCUUCAAGUCGACGACGAAGACGACGAUCAAGAGCCAAAUGAUCAUAUCUUCUCAUCAAGAUUUCAUAAACGUCUCGAUGAGGACGAGAAGGACUUGUCGCUGAUGAUGCGUCAGUCCAGCUCGGCACCCUCGGCCAUGUCCCCUCUCCAAAUGCGAUCCGCAUCCAAUGUGCCCGUGGGCUUCACUUUCUCGAGCAAUCUGUUGUCGCCGACACAGGCCAAAGAGGAGCGUGAGAGCUACGACGUGUUUGUGAACACGAUGGAGGAAGAUUAUUGGAAGAGUGUGUCGACGAUCCGUACGACUUACUUUUUCGACGGCAUCGGUCGCGGUGGUGGAUUCUUAGCGAUCCCUCAUCUGGCCUCGCAUGGCAACGCCAAGACGAAUGUAAUCUGCCGGCUGCUCGAGGCAUGGCUGACUAAGAAGUUGGUCGAGCCCACCAUCUCGGACUCGAUUCCCGUGCUUGAAGACAACAUCCAGAGUUCUGUCCAGUCGAUCGAGCAACAUCUGCGCCAAGACCCUAAAGUCUGGUCCGGUAUCUCCAAAAGCUUCAUUCGCAUCCGGUGCGGACAUGUCUUCAUGCUCAGCACCUGUUGCGAUGACGAGACCAUUGUCCACCUAGGAGCAGAUGAGUUUUAUCAAGAUUACCCGCUAUUUGUUGAUGUCGAGAUCAAGAUGCAUUGCGAUUCAAACCACCUUCCUAAGGAACACUCGACCGAGGUGUUGAUCGCGUUCCAAAAUGUUGUCAACCGCACCAAGACUAAGGAAGAAGAGAAGCCCUAUGUUCAUCACGCGGUCAUCCAUCAGGAUGUUAUGUCCAAGCGCCGACAAUCCCAGGGAUUUAAUACGAUUGCUUAACACCCCGCCCACUUAGUUCUUGCACACAGAUCGCUAUAAGGAUAACAGAAUCAAGCAUUUCUUGCGGUUUCUUUUUUUUUUUCUAAUUGUCUAUAUUUCCGGUCUUGCAUUGUAAUAUGCUAAUACACCCAGCAUCUUUACAUCUCAUAACCACUUCGCUCAUCCAUCUUCUCGACAGCGACAGCAAUGUUUCGCUGAGAAGGCAGAGAGAGAGAAAAAAGAAAAAAGGAGAGAAAGUAUGCUUUUCUUUUGGCUUUUUGCACUCUGGCUAGUGCAUGCGUCCACCCCCC